AUGGGGGCUCAAGCUUUUGCCGAGGGGAUAAACCCUGAGGCUCACUACCCAGAAUCGCGUGUGUUGAUCAUCAUGACUGGAGGCACGAUUUGCAUGCGGCCUUCUGAGAAUGGUCUCGUGCCCAUGGAUGGCUUCCUUGAGAAAGCUAUGGCCCCUCGUCCGUCAUUCAAUGACAAGUCCGAACGAGUCAAAAUCCAUGCUUACAAAAACGGCAACAAAUUGGUUUUGGACAGCUUGCGGACACCGCCGAGUGCCUACUCGCGACACAUCCGCUAUGGCGUUCUCGAGUUCUCUCCUUUGCUCGACUCGAGCUCCAUCUCGUCCAUGGGCUGGACUGAAAUUGCCAUGACAAUCAAAGAAAAUUACCACUUAUUCGACGGCUUUGUUGUUCUGCAUGGCACGGAUUCUCUAGCGUAUACAGCCUCAGCGUUGUCCUUCAUGAUGUCAGACUUGGGGAAACCUGUUAUUCUGACAGGCUCCCAGGCGUCCAUUUUUGCCCUGCAGUCGGAUGCUGUCGAUAACCUUCUCGGCUCCCUUAUCAUCGCGGGUACCUUCCGAAUCCCUGAAGUUUGUUUGUUUUUCCACCACACUCUAUUCCGCGGAAAUCGCACAACCAAGGUCUCGGCUUCGUCAUUCGAAGCCUUCGCCAGCCCGAACUGUGCACCUCUUGCAAAGGUCACUGCCCUUGGCGUUGAAGUUAACUGGUCUCUUGUGAGAAGGCCCACGCGCAUCGCCGAGUUUCAGGUCACGAAAUAUUUGGACACUGCCCAUGUGGCAUGCUUGCGUAUUUUUCCUGGGAUCAAGCCCGAAAUGGUCGAUUCAGUGCUGAGGGUACCCAACCUCCGCGGGUUGAUUCUCGAAACUUUUGGCAUGGGCAACGCCCCUGGGGGGGUGGAUGGAAGCCUGACUAAGGUGAUUCGAGAGGCAGUCGAGAGGGGCAUUGUUGUGGUCAAUGUCAGCCAAUGCACAAAUGGCUUUGUAUCACCCCUCUAUGCCCCUGGCACGGCGCUCGGCAGGGCUGGUGUUGUGUUUGGCCAUGACUUGACAACCGAGGCGGCGCUCACAAAGCUAUCAUACCUCCUGGCACUUCCAGGUCUAACAUACCAAGAAAUCACAAACAAAAUGUCGCAUUCCCUGCGCGGCGAAAUGACUGAAAUGACCCUGCCAUCCUUCUCUCACCCCGCAGGCAGUAUCGACUCGGCCGUCGGCAGAUUAACCUCAGCCGAAAUGGCCUUCACUGCUCUUGGGUAUGCCAUCCGCAACGGCGAGCUGCGCACGGUGCGCGAGAUCCUUGAGGGUGACGAGUUCUCUCACCAGCUGCUCAAGCGCGCCGACUACGCUGGCAACACGGCACUGCAUCUGGCGGCUAUCGGUCCGAACCCGGAGAUCCUGCGCGAGCUGCUGGAGCGUGGCGCGAGCGUUCAUGCUCGCAACCAUGCUAACAACACGCCUCUCUACCUCGCGGAGAAGACUGGGAACACCGAAUGUGUGCGACUGCUUAAGGAGGCUGGUGCUCAUCUAUGGAUGGAUAAUAAUCUCAAGAAGGAAGGCGCCUCAAGCCGCGGCGUCAGUCGUGGGCAGUCGCCUGAUCAUUUGGGUAGUAGGAGUGAGAGGACAGAGAGUGAAGGCGAGGCUGAGACUCUUAUUGAUGAGGGCGAUGGAAGCAAUAUCGGUGAGGCUGGAAUGAAGGUGGAGAUAUCUGAGCAAGAAGUUGAGCAGGGAUCGCAAGCAGAGUUGUCCAGGACGUUCUUGAUGGCAGAUACUGGAAAGAUCGUUGAUUAG